AUGUAUGUUGUUGACAUUUCCGACGAGGAGCGUCUAGAAGAGAACUACGAGACCAUACGCAAGGUAUUUCCAGAUACAGUUACAACCACUAGACUCCAGAAGCCUCUUUCUCACUCCAUUGCCGAUCUCAAUGAGAGCGGUACUGCACAGGGCCAGAUGAUCUUCAUUACUCACGUCAACCAGUACAAGGGUGAGCUCGACAAUGCCAAAUAUCCACCGCCAAUGGUAACGAAACGACCUCAACGUCAAGUAAAUCUACUGCUGGCACAAUUCUGCACGUUCAUCGAUAAGAUUAUCGAGCAUUAUGUGUUCCUGUCCGAAGGUGUACAUACAGCUGAGAUGGAAUUGAAAGUACGGCAACAAACCGAACGCGAUGAGCGGCGGUUACGGUUGAUGCGUCAAGAGCAGGAUCGAGUAUAUUCGGCCGAGACCCUACUCACAACACUCGUCACCGAAGAGCCACAACUAUCAAAUGUCGAGGAAGAAGAAGAGGAGAAUCAUCCUGAAUCCAGGCCAAAAACAGCAUCGACUUCGCCAUCCGUGUCCGAUACUCAAUCUCCGCCUUUACCACCUCUUCGAAACGCUGACAUUUUCACCGUCGAAGGGUCAAAGGAGCUGUAUACCGUUUUUCCGGAAGCACCAGCUAUAGAGAAGCACCUAAGAAGAAUGCGCAGAAUUCAAGCAGGUCUACGCAGACGAGCCGAAGAAAUGAAGAUGAAGAACGACGAACUUCAACUUGAGUCACUGUGA